AUCAGCGACAUGGAUCGAGAGAUCAGCCCGCCACCUCGCAAACGGAGGAAGCUCUCUGCGCCGUCUGACGCCGAUCCGAAGGACCAAACGCCAGUUCCCACAGACAGCUCUCGAAGCAUUCGCAUCUUCGCGUGGAACAUCAAUGGAAUUAGACCUUUUCUGCAGCAAACAAUAACAAGUUUCUUUAAAAGUGCUACGACAGCCUCUUCUUCUACCACCUUCAAGGAAUGCUCUCUCCGCGCAUUGCUUCAUCGCCAUCAUUGGCCUCAGCUCCUCCUUUUACAAGAGGUGAAGAUCAACCAGCAUGAUGAAGCUACUCAAAAGGCCGUUCGCAUUGCCGUAAAUCGACCUUGUCAAUCCGUUGAUGAUGGCCCAAGCUACAUAGUGCAUUUCACGCUUCCCCGAGAUGCCCAUAACGCAAGGGGUUUCGGAGGGAAAAUAUACGGUAUCGCCAGUAUCGUUCGUUCGGAUUUCUUUGAUUGCUCCGUUGUAAAUAUCAGAGAUGUCGAUUGGGAUUUAGAGGGCCGAGUUCAUAUCAUCGAGUUGAAGCAAAAGAUUGCCAUAUUCAACAUCUAUGCUGUCAAUGGAACGAACAACGCAUAUCGAUCUCCGACCACGGGAGCAGUAAUCGGUACCAGGCAUGACCGCAAGCUUGAUUUUCACAAGCUACUACUCCAAGAAUGCAAGAGCAUGGAAGCACUUGACUGGGACGUAAUCCUCGCUGGAGACUUAAACGUUGCGAGAAGUCUACUGGAUGGUUGGCCAGGCUUACGGACAUUCCCCGAAGAGCACGUCAAGAACUGGCAAGACUUCAACGACAAGUUUUUUGACGACGAAGACGGUUUACGAGCAGCAGAUGUUUGGAGGAAGUUGAAAGGAUCUGAGAGACGAUAUACUUACUUUCCACGAGGCGUACCUUGGGGUAGCAGCUGUGAUCGGGUAGAUCUAAUCAUUGGUAGUAGACGCUUUUUCGAAGCCGGACAUGUUCUUGACACCGGCAUCUUGGACAGCGCGGAAGAAAGGGGACCGAGUGAUCACGUUCCGCUGUGGGUAGAAAUA